AUGAGCAACUACUCCUCCGAGGAUAUCAACAUCGUUGUGGACAGCGCUCCACAAGGAAUUCUUGGCACAUUCGUACCAGGUCAAACAGUCUCCGGCAAGGUCAUCUACACUCCACGAGGUCAAGUCGACAUAAACCACGUCGUCAUAAUCUGCAAAGGAAUCAAUUACACGAAAAUCACGGAAAGCAAUGGCAAUACCUCAAGUACCUAUAGAGAAAAGAUCAUCUUAUUCAGGGAUCUGGAUACGAUAUUUAGAGGUCCUCAUACCAUCCCUGCAGGGACAUACGAAUGGCCUUUUCGGUUCGAGCUGCCUGUCCGGACUGACUACAGUCGAAAGCCUCGACGGAAAGAUGAGCAGUACCAAUUAGGCGAUCAAGAUCUACCUCCCACUUUCAAGUUAGCCAGCUCGAAUCCAGAAGCGGAUGUCACCUACAAACUCAAAGUAAAGGUCAACCCGGGAAACUUCAUACAUACGACUACGCGCACGAAAGAACUCCCGGUCUGGUGUCUAUCUCGGAUCCCUUUGAAACCGCCAGUACCACUAGACAGUUUCAGUGAAGGCAAUGGACGCUUCAAGAGCAACUCUCUACGACCAACUCAGCACACCUUCAAGGAGAAGAUGAGACAUGCUUUCACCAGCGAUGCGACGUUGAGGACUCCAGAGAUAAAUAUUAGCGUGCGAUUCAAGAUGCCUCGGUGUGUGAGCGCAACACAGUACAUGCCAAUAGAGCUCGCUUGUAAACACACCAUAUCGGGCCAGAAUGAUCCCGAAUGUCCGGAGCUCGUCCUCGAUGGCUGCACUUUCUCACUUAACACCUACACGAACGUCAGAGCGAAAGGCACUGGCUGCGAUCAUCACAAAAGUAAGAAGAAUACGGUUGUCGGCCAUUCAAUACGUGGCAGCCAGACGCUCUUGCCACUUGACGGUUCUUUCGUACCUAUCUGGGAACCUAUCCGUCUAGCAGACAUGACAUCGCACCCCCAUAAUCUCGUCCCCAGUUUCAGAACAUGGACAAUUGCGAUGUGCUACAAGAUGGUUGUCAAGAUCAGGAUUCGUCAUGUCCAGACAGGACAUAUCUGGAAGCUCGAGAGCAAGUUUCCAUUUGAGAUCUUACCAGGAGAAGUGGAAGUGCCUGCAUAUAGCAAGCAGCCAACAUCUUCUGUUGAAGCUGGACCAUCAGCACUCUACCCGCCACAACUCUCAAGCGAGAACCAGGCAUCAUCAAGCUCUGCAGCCCCACCAGAGUUCCGCGAGGACCUCGCUCCGCCGUCAUACAAUUCUGGAGACGUCUGGAGGACUGAGCCUAGUUCCAAGAGGGCAUACUGA